AUGGCUGUGGACGCUGCAUCCAGUUUCAGUUUCUGCAGGCCAGCUGUGGAGUACAGGGCGCUGCCUGAAGACUUCAAGCACCAGCUGAGUCGACGGACAGGUGGGAACCUAACCUGGCAUGACGGGCGCGGACAGAAGACAGCGGGAGGCAGAACAGUGAAGCUGCUGCAGCAGCCGGGCACAGAGGCCCUGCAGUAUCAUUCCACCGACAGUUACGGGAUAUAUCACACCAGCCCGACACAGCCCAGCUUGAUCCGGCCCGUCGUGCUCUGGUCUCAACAAGAUGUUUGUAAAUGGCUGAAGAAGCACUGUCCGCACAACUAUCUAACCUACGUAGAGGCGUUCUCGCAUCACGCCAUCACAGGUCGGGCGUUGCUGCGUCUGAAUGGGGAGAAGCUGGAGAGGAUGGGACUCGUGCAGGAGACGCUUCGGCAGGAGCUGCUGCAACAGGUGCUGCAGCUUCAGGUUCAGGAGGAAGGACGCAACCUACAGCUACUGAGCAGAGGUUCCUUUGGGAGGAUAUCAUAA